AUGGAUGAAUAUCAUUGUGAUGUAUACGAAGAUUACUCUUCUGAAUUUGAUCGAAACAAAAUUUCGUCUUCAGCUAUCACAGAAAGAAAUUUUAAGGUUGAGUUUAAUUGCAAGAAUAUGCAUGUUUUGAGUGCGAGGAGGUUUAGAACUGUUGAAGUUACAAAGUGUCACACUUUUUCACAUGUCACAAAGGAUAAGAUGAUUCAAAACACAACUAUUCUAUCAUGGCUUUCUCAAAUGGAUAUACCUCAAGAUGCUUAUUGGGUAGUAGAGGAGAAAAUUUUAGAAUGUUUAGGCCAUAUGGCGAAAACGACUCAUAAGAAUUCAAGGGUUUUUUCUAUUCGAGUUGAUAUUUGUAUUACAAGAGCUAGCGAAGAUGAAGGUAGUGAAAGUGAUGGAGAAGGCUAUGAAAUUAAUGAAAGUGAUGAAGAUAGCAGUGAUGAAGAUAUUGAUGAAGAUAUUGAGUUUGUUCCUGCGGAGAAAUCGUGUAUUGAAGAUUUAGAGAGAGUUGAAAAAGAAGGAAAAUGUAGUAUUUGUUUUGAAGAUUUUAAUGUUUGUCUUGUUAUGCCAUGUUCGCAUAUGUUUCAUCAAAAAUGUAUAAGCGAUUGGUUGAAGAUAGGUCAUUCAUGUCCUUUAUGUAGGUUUGACUUGCCUACUUGA